GGAAGUAGAGUUUCCGUUUUUGAAUUGCCACGAGGCCUUUCAUCUCUCUUGCUGGACUCACGACCUUCGCAGCCCAGAGUCUUCGAGGGCCAAUACAGUAGUUUAAUGAUUCACCUCAGUGAUUCCUUUAUAUUCCUUACAGAGUUUUUCCGUUGCAAAGCAAUAUCCGGACAAACAGCCUUCCGUUUCCGGUUGGCAUGUUGCCGUGGUAACUGGGACGCACAGCCGCGGAGAAGGUUAUGGCGGGGCUGAGCGGUGCGCCCAUCCCCGACGGGGAGUUCACCGCGGUCGUGUACCGGCUCAUCCGGGAUGCCCGCUACGCCGAGGCCGUGCAGCUGCUGGGCGGAGAGCUCCAGCGGAGCCCGAGGAGCCGCGCCGGCCUGUCGCUGCUGGGCUACUGCUACUACCGCCUGCAGGAGUUCGCGCUGGCCGCCGAGUGCUAUGAGCAGCUGGGCCAGCUGCACCCGGAGCUGGAGCAGUACCGCCUGUACCAGGCCCAGGCCCUGUACAAGGCCUGCCUUUACCCAGAGGCCACCCGCGUCGCCUUCCUCCUCCUGGACAACCCCGCCUACCACAAUCGGGUCCUCCGUCUCCAAGCCGCGAUCAAGUACAGCGAGGGCGAUCUGCCCGGGGCCAGGAGCCUGGUGGAGCAGCUACUGAGUGGGGAAGGAGGAGAAGACAGCGGGGGCGAGAACGAGCUCGAUGGCCAGGUCAACCUGGGCUGUUUGCUCUACAAGGAGGGACAUUAUGAAGCCGCGUGUUCCAAGUUCUCUGCUGCCUUGCAGGCUUCGGGCUACCGGCCUGACCUCUCCUACAACCUGGCUUUGGCCUAUUACAGCAGCCGGCAGUAUGCAUCCGCGCUGAAGCAUAUCGCCGACAUUAUUGAGCACGGCAUCCGCCAGCACCCAGAGCUGGGUGUGGGCAUGACCACUGAGGGCAUUGAUGUUCGAAGUGUUGGCAACACCUUAGUCCUUCACCAGACCGCUCUGGUGGAAGCCUUCAACCUCAAGGCUGCCAUAGAAUACCAACUGAGAAACUAUGAGGUGGCCCAGGAAACCCUCACGGAUAUGCCUCCGAGGGCAGAGGAAGAGUUAGACCCUGUGACCCUGCACAACCAGGCGCUAAUGAACAUGGAUGCCAGGCCUACAGAAGGGUUUGAGAAGCUACAGUUUUUGCUCCAACAGAAUCCCUUUCCCCCAGAGACCUUUGGCAACCUGUUGCUGCUCUACUGUAAAUAUGAGUAUUUUGACCUGGCAGCAGAUGUCCUGGCAGAGAAUGCCCAUUUGACUUACAAGUUCCUCACACCCUAUCUCUAUGACUUCUUGGAUGCCAUGAUCACUUGCCAGACAGCUCCUGAAGAGGCUUUCAUUAAGCUUGAUGGGCUAGCAGGGAUGCUGACUGAACAGCUCCGGAGACUCACCAAACAAGUGCAGGAAGCAAGACACAACAGAGAUGAUGAAGCUGUCAAAAAGGCAGUGAAUGAAUAUGAUGACACCCUUGAGAAGUAUAUUCCCGUGCUGAUGGCCCAGGCCAAAAUCUACUGGAACCUUGAAAAUUAUCCAAUGGUGGAAAAGAUCUUCCGCAAAUCUGUGGAAUUCUGUAAUGAUCAUGAUGUGUGGAAGCUGAAUGUGGCUCAUGUUCUGUUCAUGCAGGAAAACAAAUACACAGAAGCCGUAGGUUUUUAUGAGCCCAUAGUCAAGAAGCAUUAUGACAACAUCCUGAAUGUCAGUGCUAUUGUGCUGGCUAACCUGUGUGUUUCAUAUAUUAUGACAAGUCAAAACGAAGAAGCCGAGGAGUUGAUGAGGAAGAUUGAAAAGGAGGAAGAGCAGCUCUCCUAUGAGGACCCAGAUAAGAAAAUCUACCAUCUCUGCAUUGUGAAUUUGGUGAUAGGGACGCUCUAUUGUGCCAAAGGAAAUUAUGACUUUGGUAUUUCUCGGGUUAUCAAAAGCUUGGAACCUUAUAAUAAAAAACUGGGAACUGAUACCUGGUAUUACGCCAAAAGAUGCUUCCUGUCAUUACUAGAAAACAUGUCAAAACACAUGAUUGUGCUUCGUGACAGUGUUAUUCAAGAAUGUGUCCAGUUUCUAGAACACUGUGAACUUUAUGGCAGGAACAUACCUGCUGUUAUUGAACAACCCCUGGAGGAAGAAAGAAUGCAUAUUGGAAAGAAUACAGUCACUUAUGAAUCCAGACAACUAAAAGCUUUGAUUUAUGAGAUUAUAGGUUGGAAUAUGUAGUAAUGUCUAAUAAUGGCUUUUAUCAAAAUGGCUCUGUUAACUAUACAUAUUUGCAACUCUUUUAUCUGUGUUUGUCCUUUGGCAUCUUCACAUUUGUUAUACGUUGAAAUUUGUACACUUUAAAAUUAUAAUUAAAAUAAUUUUGAUGUAUCUUUUGAGAAACCUCACAAAAGAAUUAUAAUAAAAAGAACUUGAACCCUAGAAGGAUUUAUGAAAAAUUCAAAAAUGAAUGGGGAAGUGUGUCUAAUAGUAUUUGUAAUGCCUAUGUUCUCUCUCCAUUGUAUCUUUUGUGUUUUGCUAUAUCCUGAAAAAAUCCUGCAUGAGAAGAUUAUAUCAUCCAGAGACCAGGCACUAUCAAAUCCAGAACUCAGUUAAUGUAUAGAACAUCUGGACAUUAAUAAUAGGGUUUCACAUUAUACUUCAACAAUUUACCCUUAAGUAACACUAAUUAGUAAUGCAUACAUUUUGCAUAGAUUUUAGUAUGUCUUGCCAGAAUUUUCCAAUACAAUUGUAAUGCUUUAUCUAACAAGAAUUCCUUAUGUUCUAAAUUUUUUUUUUUAAUCUGUAGGAUUCAGUAGGAAAUCUUGUGCCAUAGUAAAACUAUGGUGCUAUGGUGUGGAGACAAUAAACAAUUAACCAAUUUCUAUGGUUUUCUUGUGUCCAUUUGUGAAUAAUUUGAAUAUAUAAUCUUACUCUUUGCAUAACUGAUCUUUAACAGUGAUUAAUAACAAGUACCCUUA